GUCUCUUUAAAGCGAACGGAAGUGCGGACUCCAGCAGCCCGACAGAUUAUAGGUGUUGUUCGGAGCGGUGCCUGUUACAUGGGUUUUUCGACGUCAAGGUGUAAAGGUCUUUAAGAAAACCAUCAUAUGCCGUUACUGUACCCUCGACCGUAAGCAGAGCGUGUUAUUGGUGAAUGUUAGUAUGAAUGGUAAGGUUGGGAAUGGAGCAGCGGGCGGUGUGCUGGCCUGUAUUGAGGGUCUGCCGCCUCUGCCCAAGAGCCUGAGCGGACUCCUGAACUCCAGCGGCGGCUCGUGGAGGGACAUGGAGAGGAUGUAUGUGAAGAAGACCAUGAUUCAGGACGACCUGAGUCGAGGAAGGAAUAACACGGACAGUCUUCUGGCGAAUAAACCAGCUAACCUGGAUGCCGCCCUGGCUUUGCUUAGAAAAGAGAUGGUGGGUUUGCGGCAGCAGGACAUGUCCCUGCUCUGUCAGCUCUGGUCCCUUCACGAGUCCAUCCAGGAGUACAAGGGCAGCUGCCAGGACCUCUCCGCCGUGUCCAGUGCCGACGGGCCGUACGGGAUGGAGAACGGCUAUUUCGACGAGGACGAGGAGUAUUACGCUGAAUCCGGUCUGACGCCAACCGAAACGCCAGAUGGAAAUGACACAUCUCCUAAAAACGGGACAUCCAAGGACAGCUGGAUACAUGACUCGUUCCAUAUCACAAUAUAAAAGGCUUGACUGUUGUUAUUUAAUUUUCUUCUUGUUGAUGGAAAACAAGCUGUGCCAUAAUUUUGUUUGCUGGCGUUUAGUUUUACAGCAGACGUUCUAGAUGAAAUCUAAACGAUUAUUAUUUAUUGUAUAAUAUACAACAUAGUAUUUUUUCGUUCUUCCUGAUUUAAUCCACGUCGGAUGUUUUAUAAGAUCGUUUUUAUAAGGGGAGAAGCAUAUCAUUUCAUAAUGAUGUUUACAGUAAAUCAACUUCUGUUGGGGGAUUUAUAGCCGUCGGUUUGGCGCUUCACCCCUUCCGGAUUUCGAAAAGUCUUAUUUCUCGCUGAGCAGUCGCUCGCUGGGUGCUUACAGGAAACAGGGGUUUGUUUUUAUCGAAAAUAUGAAUUUUUAAUAAAGUGCUACCUAUUCUUCGCUGAAAUGUAGUCCACGAUAUAACCAGCACUAAGAGCUUGUGACAGCGUCACCAAAACCAAACUCAAAUCUUCCAGUUUGCUAGUGUAUCGCGUAACUCGUUAUGAACAUACCUAUAUACUGUAUAAGUCAAUCAAUAACCAGCUCCAUAACAUUUCCUUCCCAAUUUCUGUAAACCUAUGCUAGAUCAUGUCUUGUAGAUGUUUUAUUUAUUUCCUUAUGAUUGCUGCUUGGAUUCAGUCUUCCAUUGGAGAAUCAUCGCAUAAGUGUCAUGUGACGUAAAGUACAUGAGGUCACCUGUAUUCGAAAUGUGGUUUUAGCAAGUGCAUAUGGCCACCAAUCCACCAAACUUUAUCCAUAUUGUGAAUGUUAUCAUAGCAUGCCAUAAUGUAAGCAUUUUCUUGAUGUGUGUGUGAAUCGAAUG